AUGAAAGUAGUUCAGAGUAUAAUAAUAUAUUAUUGUUUAAUUUCUUUGGGUGAAUCUUCAAAUGUACCUAGAAAUGUCUCAGACAAAAUAUUGAAUAAAAGUUUAUCUGAUACUUUGAAUUAUAAUUUUAAUUUAGAUGAUGUUAUGGGUAUUUUUGAUAAAAUCUUCAAGAACAAUGUUGAUGAUUUUAAAAUAGAAGAAAACAAUGAUAUAAAAAAUUUGGAAUUUAGGAAAUAUAAAUUUAAUCAACGCAAUUAUGAUUUCAUGUAUGAAUCGUUUAAAGAUUAUUGUCAUAACGAAGUUGUAAAUAAUGAAAAUUGUAUAAAAUUUUUAGACACGGACAAUAUUCUGAAUGUGUUUCAUGAUAUAGAUAGCGUUUUCCAUUCACGAUUUUAUAAAGAAAUUAAAGAAGUAAAAAGCUACAUUUUUGAAAUUAUAAAAUUGUUAAAUAAAAGUGAUGAACUUAGUGUUAAAAUUAAUACAACAUUUGAUUCGAUUAAAAGUAAGAAAAAUAUGUUGAUUAAAACAAUGGAUGAACGAUUUAACACAGCUAUUCCUAUCAUUAGCUAUUUUGAAGGAAUGACAUAUAAUUUAACUAAAGAAAAUAAUAAUAUAAAUUUCUAUGAAAUGAUGGUACAAUAUGGUAAUGAUUUAAAUAGUGCUAUAAAGAAUGCGCUUGUAGAAUAUGUAUAUACGUAUAGAGAAGUAAAAAAUUUUCAAAAAAAAUUAGAAAAAUAUAUAGAGAAAAAUGCAAAAAUAUUAUCCAAAAUGCAUAGAAAGAUAGUAUUGAGUAUAUUUUAUAUGAUUGCAGAUAUGAAUAAAACUACUGAAAAAAUUGAUAAUUUAGUUAAUAAAAAAGUAGAAGAAUAUGAAGAAUGGAUAAAUAACGAAAAUAUGAAUUUUAGUAGAAUGAUAAGUAAUUUAAAAUAUAAUGUUGACUUUAAUAUAGAUGAUAUAAAUAGUAUUAUUGAUAUAUCAAAAGAAAAUUUAUUAAAAAAUAAUAUUGAUUUUAUUAAUAUGAGUGAAUAUGUUACAUUUCAAAGUCCAAAUAAAACUAUCAAUUCUAUUAUACAUUUCUUAAACAAUAAGUAUUCAAAAAAUGUUCAUAUUAUAUUUUUAUAUAAUGAAGAAUAUAUUGAUUGGAAUUUUAAUGUGAAAGAAGAAAAAUCAGAGGAGCCAUCAUCCAAAAUUGAUUUAAAACUUAUGAAUAAAUCAAAUUUUGAUCAUUUAGAUUAUAUAGAAACAACAAAAUAUGAAAAUAUACUAACUUCCAUGAAGAAAGAAAAUCAUUCUUAUUUUCAUUUAGACAAGAGUGAUAUUAAUAAGCUUAUUGAUGAUCUUUUUGUCACCGGUGAUAAUAAUAAUAAUAAUAUUAAUGGUCCAUGGAUAAAAGAAAAACCAAUGGAUGUUAAAGAAGGUGCGAAAGAAGAAUAUACUGAUUUAAAUGAUGAAAUUAACAAAUAUACAGAAAAAAUGGAAAAAAAAAUUGACAAUGUUACAGAUGAUUAUACAUUUAAACCUACUAUAAAAAGUUAUAUAGAGGGUGUUAAAAAUCUUUUUGGAAAUGCUAUUUUUCAGUUUAAUAAAUAUAUAUAUACCUUUGAUAAAAAUUAUGAAGAUACAAGUGUCAAUAAUGAAAACGGAGAUCAAAGUGUUGAUAUGAGUAAUAAAUACGCGAAAGAUGUAUAUUCUGAAGAUAUGGAAAAUGGUGAAGAAUUAAUUGACGAAGAAAAUAUAGAAGAUGAAGAAAAUAAUUAUAAAGGGGAUAAUAAAAAUGUACAAGAAAAGGAAGAAACAGAAGAUAAAGUCGAUAAAAAAGGAAAUGGUGAUGAUAAAAUUAAGGAUAUGAAAGAAACUGAAGGAGGUAAAGAUGAGGUGAAGGAUGGAGACAAAAGUGAUGAAACAGUUGAAGGGCAAACUGAAGAUAAAAUUGAUUUAAAAGAUGAAGAUAAAAUUGAUUUAAAAGAUGAAGAUAAAAAUGAUUUAAAAGAUGAAGAUAAAAGUGAUUUAAAAGAUGAAGACAAAAAUGAUGUAAAAGGUGAAGAUAAAAGUGAUUUAAAAGAUGAAGACCAAAAUGAUGUAAAGGAUGAGGACCAAAAUGAUGUAAAAGAUGAAGAUAAAAAUGAUGUAAAGGUUGAGGACCAAAACGAUUUAAAAGAUGAGGAUAAAAAUGAAGAUCCAAAUAAGGCAUCAGUUGAAGAAUCAAUUAAAUUAUUAGAUGAAAAAAAAAAAUCUAAGAGAAUGAAACUAAGCAAUAUGACGGAUGAUAUAAAUGAAUUUGAAAAUGAAUUUCAAAGUGGAAACGAAAAUGAUUAUGAAAAUGAAUAUGAAAAUGAAUUUGAAGAUGAAUAUAAAAUGUUGUGUGAACAUAAUUGUGAUGGUUCAAAUGAAAAUAAAAAUAACUUAUUAUCUAUAUUUGAAAGUUCAAAUUUAAAAUAUUUAUGGAGGAUACCUAUAAUAAAUAAUUUAUAUAAUUUAUGUUGUAAAGAUAAACCAGAAAGUGCUAAUAAUGAGAAUAUAGAGAAUAUUAAUGUAUUCGAAGUUGAUGAAGAAGAAAUUUUAAAAAUGUAUGAUAAUAUGGAUUCAUUAAUGCAUGAAGAUAUUACGAAAUGGAUAAAAGAUAAUAUAUUAUAUGCAGUUCCAGAUAUGAAUUAUAUUUUGGGAGCUUUAAAAUCUCAAAAACGAUAUAUGAAUAAUAUAAGUAGUGCUAGAGUUGGAGGUACAGAUAGUAAUAGUAUUCAUCAGAAUUAUUUUUAUGAUUCAUUUUAUGGACGUGAUUAUUUAAUUAUGAAAUCGAAAGGAGUACAUGUAGAGACAUUUUUAUAUCCUUAUUUUGAGACAUUAAAUAUGGAAUUAAAUGAAGCUGGAAUUUGUCCAUGGGGAAACUAUUUCUCUUGUAUGGAAAAAUAUGUUAAGGAACAUAUAAAGAAUAAAAUGGUUGAAGAUAAAAUAUUAUUUGUAUAUAUAGGAACAUUUAAAGAAGAAAUUUUUAAAUUAUCAAGAUCCAAAAUUGCAGAUGAUUUAAAAAAAACACAUUUAAAACAAUUUUUGGAUAAUGAAAAAGAAUAUGACUUUUUUAAUAACUUUAUGAUAAAAAAAUAUAAUGAAGAAUAUAAUUUUUUUGAAAAUUUAAAAACACAUAUAGUAUAUCAUUCAAGAUAUAAAAAUUUAUUAAUGUAUGGUAUUGAUUUCAAUUUUCAUGUUUCUUAUUUCCUAAAAGGAGAUAUUCAAUAUCUACCCUUGUCCUAUUAUUAUGACUCGAUAAUUUAUUUCAAAGUCAUUUUUGCUACAUCAAAAUAUGGAUAUCAUGAAAUAGUACCAAUUGAUGAUGAUAUAAUAAAAUUUGGAUUAUUACUUUCUUUAGAUAAUAAAAAUAAAAAUGUACACUAUUUAAUUUCAUCAGAAGUCAAACAAGAUACAAAUUAUGAUUUAUUGAAAAAUAAAAUAGGAGUAAUUAAAAUUUAUGAAGUCUCAUAUGAAACUCUCAACAUGCAAUUAAUUAACAAGAAAUAUAAAGUCAAUGUAACAAAAAAUAUGAGAAUCAUUUUAGAAAAAGAAGUUAUAUUUAAUAAUAACGAAAAAAAACUUCUUGAUUAUAUUGAUUCUUUUUAUGAUAUUAUGAAUAAAAUCAUGAAAAAUAAUAUGAACUUGGAAUUAUAUGGAAAAACAUUUUUUGUUCAUGUUCAAAGGGUUUAA